GACAAAAAGGAUUUCUGACAAGACAGCCAUAUGUACUCAGACCAGGCAGAGCUAAAGAGACGCAGGACAAGUGCUUUGUCAUACAGCUUGACUCCGAAAAGACGAAGAGCAGAUAAGAUGGAGGAAGACAACGAUGAUAACACAACAGCUGGAGGAGGAGAGCUUGAAAUCAAGUCUGUACCAUCUGCAGCCAAUGAGAAAGUCUAUGAGACGGAUGAGGGUGCAGCCAAAGCCCAGUGUGAUCCAGUGAAUGAACCUGGUGAAGCUCAACACUCAGAGAAGAAUGAUGAAAGCACAGGAAGACAGUCUGAAAUCGAGUCUGUUCAAUUUGCAACCGAUGAGAAAGACGAGGAAGAGACUGCAGCUAACACAGAGAUAAAGUGUGAUCCAGUGAGUGGUGCUAAACACUCAGACAAUGACGAUGACAGCACAAGAGUGGGAAGAGACUCUGAAAUCACUUCUGUAAUACCAUCUACAAACAACGAGAAAGGAGAGACUGAUGAAGUUAAAGAGGUCAACAAUGAAAGCAGCAGUAACAUGACUGAGCGGUCUAUGGAGGAGAGUGAUGCAGUGAAGGACACAAGUCCAUCAUCUCAGACUGUUUCAGCAGAGACCAAAGAAGUAGACCAGUGGGAGGAGAGUGCAGCUAAAACAGAGGUAAAGUGUGAUCCACUGAGUGGUGCUAAACAAUCAGACAAGGACGAUGACAGCACAAGAGUGGGAGGAGAAUCUGAAAUCACUCCUGUAAUACCAUCUACAAACAACGAGAAAGGAGAGACUGAUGAAGUUAAAGAGGUCAACAGUGAAAGCAGCAGUAACAUGACUGAGCGGUCUAUGAAGGAGAGUGAUGCAGUGAAGGACACAAGUCCAUCAUCUCAGACUGUUUCAGCAGAGACCAAAGAAGUAAGAAAAACAUGGAAGGUAACUGAAAUCAAAGAUAAUUCAAACACUGUCACCAUGAAGAGCAUGCCCAUCUGCAAAGCUGAGACACCCAUGGUGUCAUUUCUCCGCCUGGGUUCACUAUCUCUGUCUAAGUCACAGCUGAUUAACACUUUGAUCAAUGACCGUCACAGCACCUUCUUCCAUAGAAACUGCCCAGGUAGCACCAAGUCUCGCCAUUUGAUGGAUGGUGUGGCAGAGAUUGCCUGGUACUGCCCUGCAGGAAAACCCAAUGAUGCCUUCACUGACUGCAUUGCCUUCUGUAAUCUUCAUGGUGAUGCUCUGUCAAUUGAAAAACAGCGUGACAUACUGACUGAGAAAUCUUCAAUGAAUGUGGUUCUUGUACCAACUCUGGGAAAAGGUGAAGAAGGUUCUGCAGUUAUCUCAGCCUUUCUCAAGUCUCCAAAGCCCCUCAUAUGUCUCACUGCUGACAGGGAAUGCGGUGCUUUUGAGAAAAAAAAGGGAAAAUACAUAAUGGGUCUUCAAGACAGAAGUCAGUCAGAUGUUUCUGAGGAACUGAAAAGAAUCAUUGGAAGAAUUUUGUCAGGACCACAUGCAUCCUUCCAGCUUGAAACCAUGGCUGAGGUCUCUGGAAUCAGAGUGGAUGAAGAUGACAAAGUCUGCCAAAAAGGAAAAUCUGCUGCAAUGAAAACUGUCAACUUGCUUCAGGGGAUGGAUGUGUCAACGAUCAAAGAUACAUUUCUCCCGUGUCAAGGCCAACUGUGGCACAAGUGGUGCAGAAUAAACAAAGAACUGUAUCACCUCAAAGGACACACUGAGAAGGAGAAGUUGCAAAAGCAACAGGAACUGAUGCGAAUACGACAAGCUCAAUGCACUGCUUCCUGUAGUAAACCGAUGAAGUUGUUCACUGAAACCCUCUCGUCGUUGCCAUCAACAGAUAGACUAUAUUUCCUGAAGUGGACUCAGAUUUUGAUUGAUAACCUCUCCACAGAUGAUCGGUCUUUAAUUUUACAAAGCUAUGAUGAAAAGUGGUCUGAGGUCUUGGCUUUGAAAAAGAAGCAUGACAAAUCUGAUCUGUUAAAAAGCAAGCAAACUGAGCUUGAACAAAUAUCAACAAAACUACAGUCUGCCACUUUUGGCUUGGAGCACAUCUUUAGAGAAAUGGGACAGAUCUAUGAAGCCCAUGCAUCUCUGCAGAAACAAACAAAGAUGAGAAAAACUGACUGGUCUAAAUACCCUGAGCUGGCUGCAGAGCUGAUGAUAUCAGGACACCCAAUGGAGCUGAUGGAUGGUGAUGCAGGUCAUGUGCCUUUAAUGUGGAUCUCUAGUCUUUUAGAUGAAGUCAUCAAGAAACUGGGCGACAAGAGAGUUUUUGUUUUGUCAGUGCUGGGUGUACAAAGCAGUGGAAAAUCAACAAUGCUGAAUGUCAUGUUUGGGUUACAGUUUGCAGUGAGUGCUGGCAGGUGCACCAAGGGUGCCUUCAUGCAGCUGGUCAAAGUUUCAGAUGAGAUCAAGAAAGACUUUCACUUUGACUACAUUCUAGUGGUGGACACUGAAGGACUGCGCGCUCUUGAGUUGGAGGGUAACAACAAUCUUCACCACGACAAUGAACUGGCAACAUUUGUUGUUGGUCUGGGAAACAUGACACUGAUCAACAUAUUUGGAGAAAAUCCAGCAGAGAUGCAAGAUGUUCUGCAGAUUGUUGUUCAGGCUUUCAUGAGGAUGAAAAACGUUAAACUUUCUCCAAGUUGUGUGUUUGUUCACCAGAAUGUUACAGAUAUUACAGCUGCAGAGAAAAACAUGCAUGGAAAAAGACAGCUGCAAGAAAAACUGGACAAGAUGGCCCAACUAGCAGCCAAAGAGGAGGUUUGUAAUGCUGAGUGCUUCAGUGAAGUCAUUGCAUUCGAUGUGCAGAAAGACGUGAAAUACUUUGCCCAACUAUGGGAGGGAAGUCCACCUAUGGCUCCUCCAAAUCCAGGGUAUAGUGAGAGCAUCCAAGAGCUGAAGAAGUUCAUCCUCUCCAAAGCUUCACAGUCAGCUGGAAUUUUUCUCUCACAGUUCAAAAGCAAAAUUCAGGACCUGUGGAAUGCCCUGUUGAAUGAACAGUUUGCUUUCAGUUUCAAAAACACACUUGAGAUUGCAGUUUACAGAAAACUUGAGGUUCAGUAUGGGAACUGGACCUGGGCCCUGAGGAGCAACAUGUUGACUAUUGAGAACGGGCUUUACACCAGAACUGAAAACGGAAAACAUGACAAGGUUGAGCUCAGUUAUCUACAUGAGGAAAUGAAGAUAACCUAUGAAAAAAUCAAAAAAGCAAUGACAACAUACUUUGAUGAUGACAGAGACAAAGAGAUAUUGGUUCAGUGGCGAAGACGAUUUGAAAGCAAAAUCAAGGAGUUUCAUGACGACCAAGUGAGAGGAGUCAAAAAAAAACUGGAUGAAGUCAUUGAGCAGAAAAAUGCUUGUAAAAAGCUUGAUGAUAAGAAGACAGAGUUUGAGAACAAACUGCUACAAAAGAGCAAAGAGCUAGCUCAUCAGUUAAAGGACAAGGCAAAAGAUGAAGAGGAACUUAAAAAACAGUUCAAUUCCGUUUGGAGUGGCUGGGUUAGUGAACUAACUGCAGGUACAAAACCUAUUGAGGACAUCAACUAUGAAGAAGAUCAGGCAACUAUCCUUCAGGAGCUUGGUUUUGAAUGGUCUCUUAUAGAUAAAUGUGAAAGCAGUGGCAGCUACAAAAAAAUAUCAGAGGUUGGUGAUUAUGUCAAUUACGUAGCUCUCAGCAAGGACCGAGACCUGUGUAACACAGGCCAACAUAAAAAUGAGAGGAAAAAGGACACAACAGGACAAAGAAAUCGUUCUAGUCCUGCAAACACAUUCUUUGAAUUUGUUUCAGAAACAGCUACAAAAGCAGGAUAUUACUUCAAGGGGUAUUUCCAGUAUGAAGAACAGCAACAAAUCAGAUCCUUCAUUGACAGUAUUGAAAAACAGUCCCUUGAUGCAAUCAAGAGCAAACCUGUCGCCUCCACAGGAUACAGUCCAAAUUACUUGCACGAAGUGGCCAACAGUGUCAAGGAAAAGGUGGCAGAAUUUGAAUCAAACAGGAAAUAUGCCCUGAAGAAAAAGUUUACAGUUGAUCUUUUACUGUAUGUGUUUGACAAAGCAGGGAGAUGGCUUUCAGAGUCCCACAAGGAAUUCAAAAGAAACAACGAUGCAGUCACUUAUGUAGAAAGCAAGAAAAUGCAAUAUUACAACAUUUUCAGCAGCUUCUGCAGAGGAAGCUCAUCUGCUGUUGUGUUUGGAGAACUGAUCUGUGAGAAACUGAAGAGUUCCACUGUUGAAGCUGUCUGUAACAAGACUGCUAUUGAUCUUGCUGGAGAGAUGAAGUGCAGUUUCCCAGCAUUCAGUGGGAACAGGUUGAACUUGGAGAAACACUUGCUGAAGUCACUGGCUGAGAAAGAGGACUUUGGUGGUUUUAUCACCUACAUCCAACACCCAAGGAACCAAGCAGAGACUUUCAUAAGAGAGCAAGUACAGAAAUACAUCUUCACAGACAACAAAGAUAAAGCACGGAAUAUACUCAAGAAAAAUGUUGAAGACAUCAAUAAGCUUGUGAGUCAAGCUUUAUUCACUGCAACAGAGAAAGUGAAAACCCAGAGAGGAGACUCAGACAUGUGGGUAAAGGAAUUUUCCAGUUUGCUAAAAGAUGAGCUGACAUUUGACAUUUGUUGUCAAAACUUCAGUGACAUUAACAAUUUUGACUUUCUUACAGAAGAGAUAGAGAAAGGCCUUGUAUCAGUUAUGAAGGAAGUGGGCAGCCUCUCACUGGAUAAGAUGGAGGAAUUCAGGAUGAAGCCUGAUCAAAUCCUCAUAGAUCAGCUGUGUAACUGCUGCUGGGCAAAGUGUCCAUUCUGUGCAGCUGUUUGUACCAACACGCUAGAAAAUCACAGUCCUGACAAACACAGUGUGCCUUCUCAUCGGCCCUCUGGGAUUAAAGGAUGGCAUUUUAAAAACACAGUGGAACUGGACAUCAACUUCUGCACAACAUUAGUUGCAAGUGAUCAACGUUUCUACCCCCAUCCUUAUUCAGAUCAGAGUAUUCCUUACAAACAGUAUCAACGUGCUGGGGAGAAGUAUGCCACAUGGCAAAUUACUCCUGAUGAGUCAAAGCUGACAUACUGGAAAUGGUUUGUAUGUCGAUUUCAACAGCAACUGGAAGACCACUAUAAAUUAAAAUUCCAGGGCAGGGGAGAAAUUCCUCCUGAGUGGAGAGGCCAUAGUGAAGAAGAAGCUAUUGAAAGUCUGGAUGAAAUGUACAGUCUGUGACUGAGCCAGAAACAACCAAACUCUACUCAGUAUAACAGAAACUGUCUUUAACUGUUGAAAAGAAAUAGGAGUUUUUGAUUUGAUUGAAGGAGCGCGACAGUAGCAAUAUUCAGGAUGAGGCCUUCCCCAAGAUGACUGAAAGAAACAGCACCUAUUUAUAAUGUGAUCAAUAUGUAUCUCAGUUUGUUUUGCAGGAUAACAUUAUUUAGUCAGGAUUCCUGAAAAUGCCAUGAAGCAAAGGCGAACACAACAAAUGUGUAAUUAUAAAUGGCAUGUUUGUUAGCCAUUAAAGGAUGAUUGUAAAAAAGUA